AUGGUAGCCAAGUUAUUAGUUGUUGCCUUGUUCGUGGUGGCAGUGAACGCCAGCGGUCAAAGUUACUCCUACUCCUAUGGAGUCAAUGACCCUCAAACCGGAGAUGUGAAAGAGCAGAACGAAAAGCGCAUUGGAAAUAAUGUUGUAGGCCAGUAUUCUCUAUUGGAGUCCGAUGGCACCAAGCGUGUUGUCAACUAUGCUGCCAAUCCUCAUACUGGAUUUAACGCUGUCGUCCGUAAAGUUCCUGCUCAUGGUGUCCACCCGUCUCCUGUGGCAUACGCUGGACAGAGCGUCGGUUACGGAGCCCAUGGAGUGGGAGUUGGUUACGGCGCUCCUGUCGCACCUUUGGCUUACGCUGCUCCUUUAGCCCACGCUGGCUAUAGCGCUGCUGGGUAUGGCGCACCGGGAUAUGGUGCUGUAGGACACGUUGCUGUGGGAUACGGUGCUGUGGGACACGGUGCUGUGGGAUACGGCGCUGUGGGACACGGUGCUGUGGGACACAAUGCGGCAGUUUAUGCUGGUCCUUACGCCAGUACCGGCACUUCUUAUUCCAACCAAGUGUCCUACAACGGUGCUCAUAUUCCAUACGCGGUUAAAGCGUAUGGAGCUAACGGUGUGUACGGUGCUCAUGGAGCUUAUGCCGGCAAUGGCGGCUGGGCUGUCACCAAUGGCGGUUACGGUGCUUAUGGAGCUGGAUAUGGCGCUGGUUAUGGCGGAUAUGGAGCGGGAUAUGCCGGUCAUGGUGGAUACGGCGGUUACGGAGCGGGAUUUGCCGGUCACGGUGGAUACGGUGCCGGUUACGCUGCGCCUCUGGCUCUUGGACCUACUGGUCUCGGAUAUGACACCUGUUUGUGCUAUCUAACAUGUUUGGCGUACCGCUUAUUUUUUGUUUAUUUAACAUGUUAUUUAUGUCCAAAAAGUGUCAUUGUGGCAAUAAAGAAUUUUUGUGUUUGUAUUUAUCAACAGUUCGUAGUGCUCGCUAUGCUAGUGGCUGCUGCUUCGGCCAGCGGCAACAGCUACACGUACUCGUACGGCGUGGCGGACCCGCACACCGGUGAUGUGAAGGGCCAGCACGAGACCCGUGUCGGCGACAGCGUCGUGGGUCAAUACUCGCUGCUCGACUCCGACGGCACAAAGCGCACUGUUGACUACGCCGCUGGACCCCACACUGGCUUCAACGCUGUCGUUCGCAAGGACGCCGCCCUAGUUGCCGCUCCAGUCGUCGCACACGCUGCUCCUUUGGCCGUCGCCCAUGCCGCUCCACUGGCCCAUGCCGCCUACGCUGCUCCCCUGGCCCAUACCGCCUAUGCCGCUCCUCUGGCUCAUACCGCAUACGCCGCUCCUCUGGCUCAUGGUGCUGUUGCCUAUGGCGCUCGAGGAUUCGGCUAUGGUGCCCAUGGUCUGGGCUACGCAGGCCUUGGCCUUGGUCUCGGCUAUGGCGCUCACGGUUUCGGUUAUGCGGCUGGCUGGUGAAAAACGUGUUAAAAUAAUUUAGAAAUUAAAAAUGAACUGUGAUUCAAAUAUA